AUCGAACGCGACGAAACGCCACUGGAACGCUCGCGGAGCCGUGAUUUCGUGACUAGCCGCCGUCUAGACCUAGUUUCCGUGCCAACCCGUUUUCCUCCGAUAAAUUGCCCGCCUUUCGACCGACCCACUGAACCUGUUCCAGCGGCAGUUUUCAACGCUACAGUACCUCUCACAUCCGCUCAUCUGCUCGUGAAGGUGUGAAGCGCGAACAGGCGGAACGUGCGGAAGACGUAAGGUUGCGAGCAGGAAACUGCUGACAGGGCGUGGAGACAGCAUCCCCGCACCAGCACGCCACGAAACUGCCGAACCCGCGCGCGGCAAAAACCCCAUCCCCCAACAAGCUUCUUCGGCGCCCGGAACAGACAACUACACUGCUGCUUUCAACCUACAGCUCUUUGCUUCCAAACCCGAAAUAAACCCUCAUGGCAUCGCGGAAAUGGGACCGUACAGCAGCAACAGCAGAAUCCACAGGCACCCGACCAGCAAGCCGCACCCGUUCGUCCCCACCCUUUGCAACCCUUCCGAUACACUUCCCAGCACCGGUAACAGCUCCUACUGUCGGCUCCCCUUCGGAAACUCCAACUCAACCAACCACUGACGUCCCGCCAUCGCAGCCAUCUUCCUCCCAGGCCCCAGCAGCCCCUCCCCAGAUCUCCCAGUCACCAGCACGCCCUCGGAUUAUAUCUGAGCAGCAGAGGCAAGCUCUACACCACCUUGUAGCUGAAACACAGCCUACCCCUUCCUCCUCCUCCCCUUCACGUCCGCCAACCUAUCCACCAGCAGCACCUGCCUCAGCGGCUCCUGCGCCUCCUCCUCCAACAACAGUCCCAGCCCCAUCAUUCACCUGCACCACCUGUCUGCGAAGUUUUGCCAAUUCUGGGGCACUCACUCGUCACCUUCCUGCUUGUGGCCGUAACACAUCAUCCCGCCAGCAGACCGCGCGGCCGACCCCUCCUCGUCCACCGGCAUCGGCCCCACCCCCACAACCCUCUAUUACCCAGCAGACUCGGGAUGCUGUACUAUCGUGGGAUUGGCCGGCAAUUUUCAGCCCCGCUGUGACCCCGGGCCCACUACUGCGCCGUAUCCCCCCUCGUAUCCGUCCUCUGGUGUUGGAUGGCCUUCUCAUCCCGCUUCGCCGUCUCGCUGUCCAUCGCAAGGACCGGUCAGCUCAUCUGAUCCUCCUUGCAUUCCCCAAACUCGUCCUGCGCCUCCCCAUUGCCUCCACCACCCAAUCUGCCACCGCCACAUGCACCGCCGCGGUACACCGCUUUCUUCGGGGGGAGUGGCUGGCUCUCUUUACCGACGCCACGGCUGCUUCUACUCCAGCUUCUCGCCCAGCCACGCUGUCCUCUGCGCGCUCAACAGCCAUGACAGCUCGUCUGAACCGGGCCAAGCGCUUCGCUCACUGUGCUGACUGGUCCAGAUCUCUCGGAGCCCUGGAAGCGGGUGAGCUGGCCCCGUCCACCCCGGAUACCAUUACUGCACUUCAGGCCAAGCAUCCUCCUGCAAUGGCUCCCAUCCCUGAAUGGGUGCCUGACUUCACAGCCACGGAUGUCCCUCAGUUGACCGUUCCACUUCUUCACUCGGCUCUUCGCUCGGCCCCACGAGGGACUGCAGCUGGCCCUUCGGGGUGGCUCAUUGAACACCUCCGAGACACUUUCCUCUCUUGCCAGACGCAUCUCCCGCAUCUGCUCCAACUAUUCCAGAACUGGUUACAAGGUGAUCUCCCACUGGAGGUCAGGCCCUACUUUACUGCAUCCACGCUUGUGGCCCUCCAAAAACCACAAGGUGGUGUUCGGCCCAUUGCCAUCGGUGAGGUCCUCCCUCAUCUUCUUUCACGCUGUGUCACCCUACACUACAAGCAGCAGAUUCGGGACUUCUUCCUCCCUUGCCUCCAGUUCGGCGUCGCGGUCCCUGCUGGAAUUGAAGUCAUGGCCCAUGCUGUCCAGUCAGCGCUCUCGCUGCACCCGGAGUGGGUGGUGCUUCAGCUUGACGUCGCCAAUGCCUUCAACUCUGUCAGUCGAGCUGCGAUGUUUGACGCCCUUCGCCACUCGCCAUUCUCCGGCUUGAUUCCCUUCUUUCGCCUCUUCUACGCCUCUCCCUCCCCACUCUACUACCGCAACGGCCCAGCCAUUGAGACCCUCCAGUCGGCGUCGGGGGUCCGCCAAGGGGAUCCGUGCGGACCCUUCCUAUACGCCCUCACCCAGCUGCUCGCCAUUCGACCCACUCAACAGCAGUCACCCUCAAUCCUCGUUACAUCAUAUGCAGAUGAUACCUACCUCGUCGGACCUGCAAACGAAGUCUUUGCAGCCUACACGGCCUUGACUACCCGCCUAAGUGACCUCAGCCUGACUGUUCAGCCAACCAAAUGCUCUCUUUGGGCACCAACAGACCUUCCACCAGCUUCCUCGCCCCCAUCACACAUCACCACUGCGCCCAACGGCCUUACUGUGGCUGGAGUCCCGAUUGGUUCAGACCACUACAUCAUUUCAACGGUCCGAGACAAGCUCCAGGCUUUUGCAACCUCCCUCCACCUUCUACAUGAUCUCCACGACCCUCAGAUUGCCUCCCGCAUCCUCACCCUCUGCAUUUCUGCCCGCCCAUCCUUCCUUCUCCGCACAGUCGCCCCGUUUCCAGAAGUUGUAGAGCUUUACACUGACUGGGACAAUGACCUUCUAGACCAUUUCAAGCGCCUUGUUGGAGCAGAUUUCUGGCCCUCCUCGUUCGACCACCUUGACACAGCCCAUCAUCAACCGUUCCUUCCCAUUCGUCUUGGAGGUUUUGGCCUCCGAUCGUCUGCUUCGUUUGCCAAGCUCAGCUACCUUUGCAGCUGGGCACAGACAGUCUCUCUCUUAUCCUCCCACUUCAUCAUCGACGGCUCUCCCAUCUUUCGCCCCUUCAUCACUGCUGAUGCCAUCGACCGCCUGGAUCGCUUCAUCCCUACCGCCAUGUCCCUCCUCCAUGCGGACAUACGCCAACACUUUCCCCCAUGGUCCACACUCCAUUCUGGAUAUCCUCUUAAGCUUUUCACAUACCUCUCUCACCACCUCGAAGCCAACAUGCUCGAGCGAGUGCGAGCUACAGCUUCCUCUCCCCUGCAUCUGGCCCGUUUAACCUCCCUUCAAGGGCCCCAUGCUGGUGACUGGCUUACUGUGGCUCCAUCCUCUCAACACAUGCAACUCUCGCCAACCGAGUGGAGUAUUGCAACUGCCAUCCGCCUUGGACUCCCGAUCCCACACCUCACAUCAACCCGCACCUGCACUUGUGGUGCUCCAUUCACCAACCCAUCUAUCCCUUCCCACGUCCUCCGCUGCCCAAGCACGAACGAGCCAACCCGAGUUCACGACGCCAUCAAGCACGAGGUCCAUCGCAUCGCCUCCGAACUCGGCUACGUGGCUCAGCUCGAAGACUCUUCCCUCCUCCCAGGGAAACGUCCAGACGUCAGUUGCCGUGACAUUUCCUCAGGGACAUCUUGGGCAUUGGAUGUCUCCGUCGCUGAUCCACAACAAGGCUUUCCACAUUCCAAUGCACCAACCGUGAUUGGCACUGCAGCAGCUACCCGUGAAUCUGAGAAACACUCGCUCUAUGCCUCUGCCCUUCGCGACCGCCCUGACGUGAAGCUUCUGCCCCUCGCUGUCGAAACCUUUGGCUGCUUCGGCAAAACGUUUCAGAGCUUUGUCAACGAGUGCAGUCGCCGUGGAACUGCCAGACUUCGGGACAUGAGCGGUAUGUCAGAUCUUCUUCCACAACUUUUUGAAUCCUCCUACUACAAGAGGAUUUCUCUGGUCCACCAGCGUGAGCAGGCAAGGACAGUUUGUCGACGUACACAAGUCCGCUACAACGCUACCAACACAUCUUCCCAACAGGAUCUCACCCCACCGUCGGCAGCUGACUUUGUCUACCUUGGAUCAGACCAUUGAGACCCUUGAGAGGUCUCAACUUUGUAGCCUGUACGUCAUGCGAACCUCGAAUACUCUUAUCUUGCUUGAUCAACUGUCCUUGAUGUAACUUUGUACAUAUACAACUUUG